UUCAUUUUCCAUAUGUUGUCUAACUAUUUCUAGAAGUGGCUCUAUUGGUGGAGAAGCAUUUUUAUUUUAAUUUUUAUUACACAGUGAAAAAAAAAGCGUCUCCCUGUAAAUAGUGCCGCAUUGAUGUAGAAGAUGGCGCCGGAAUAUAUUGGCCUUGACCAGAAGCAGCGUUUCCAUUUUUUUGCUAGAAGUAUCAGCCAUUCUAGAUUAUCUUUUCAAGUCCAAGCGCUCCAGUCAUUCUUGAUGGAUCCUGGCAGCAGUUCAGAAGGGCUACCUGGGCUGCUAUAAUGAUGGUGAGCGCUCCUUUUUAGGAACAACGCUCACGAUCGUCCUCUGAUCGAGAGGUGAACUCGGGCGCUUUGCUGUA